AUGUUAUCGUCAGGGAGGAGUCCGGCUGGAAGCGACGCGGAGGAGAUGGCUCAUCGUUGUGGGGCGGUGUGCCCGAGGGCUUUUGACGUGAAGGACCGAUGCGGAGCCAGGCCGCUGCUGGGGUUGAGGGAGCGCAGUCGGAGCCCCUUGAAUGUCACGGCGGAGAGCCACCACGCCACAGGAAGGCCAGACUGGACGCAGGGCCAUGCGCCUUCCUCGAAGUGCGGAGUUCACAAGCCCGGCGGGAGCGUCCAGGACAUCUGCCACCACCACCUGUGCUUGCGCAAGAGGUUUGAGGAGCUUAAGCAGCGCUACGAGCAAGAGAAGCUGCUGUGGGUGAAGGAGAAGGAGGUCCUCUUGCGGGAGGUGGCCGAGAUACACGUGAGCACAUGGAGCGACGUGGGUGCGCACGACGCCGCGUCUUGCGAUGUCCGAGUUGGGUUCUGGUGCGUGGCGCGUCUCGCCCUCGCUGUCGUGGUCACGCUUGAAGGAGCCGUUGGUGGUGAUGGGCCCCGCCUCUCCGGCCACAAACUCUCAACCCCCGCGCUCUCAGCUGUGGAGAACCGGCGACUGCUGCUGGAGCUGAGGCAGCAACUGGAGGAGCUGCGGCUGGACCUCAGGGGUGCGGAGCAGCGCAGGGGAGAGCUGAGCGGACGCUACCACUCCGACAAGACCGCCUGGGAUGCGGAGCGUGCCGAGCUGAGGGGCCGCCUCACGCAGCUGGAGGCGCGCACCGACUCCCCGCUGGCAGACGGGCCUUGCGGCACCAAGGAGAGCGACGGCCCCGAGCGGCCGCCCUCCCAGCUCGAGCGCGACGAGCAGCGGCGCCUGUUGGCCGACACGCACGGCGCCGCCCUCGACCUGCGGCGCCAGCUGCAGGGCAGCGAGAGGCGCUGGGAGCGCGAGCGGCACGACCUGGUGGAGCGUCUGGAGCGUGAGCGGCGCGACUGGCAGCUGCAGCUGCGCCGCAUGCAGCGCCGCGUCGAGCAGGUCAGCAAUGGGACCUCUCACUUGCUCGGGCUGCACCUUCCUCUGCAAGAGGACGGCCGCUGCAUCCCCUGGACUUGGGUGGCGAACUUCUCUUUUCCCGCACCCUCCGUGCCUCCGCAGCUGCAGAGAGACAUCCGUCUCCGAGACAGCGGCUUCGGCGACAGCUUCUUGCCGAGCCGGCCGGAUCUCCAGGCCAAGGCCCCGCUGGAGGACGUCCCAGAAGUGGAGACGGGCGACGAGUCUCCGUCGGGCCGCCCCCCGCGAGGGUGCGGGGUCGCCGCGGGCGCCUCGGGUGCGGCACCAGGGACGCCGGGCGCCAGGGAGCGAGAGGCCGAGGCGCUGCUCGACGCGCUGGUGUCGGACGUCCUCAGGGACCUGGAGGCGACGGCGCCCGCGGGCGGAGACGACGCAACGAGGGGGGGCGACAAAGGAGAGGGGGCGAGGAGCCCGUGCUUGAAUGAGGCGCUGUGCGAGAUCACGAGGGUGAGCCAGGAGCUGUGCGGCUACCAGGACGAGGUGCGCAGGAAGGCCCGACCUCCACGACCCAAAUCUGCGACCGCGACCUUGGAGCAGGGCGCACGCGAGGGCUCCCCCUCGGUUUCCCGGCAGCCGGCCAGGGCCCACUCCACCGCCUCGCUGCUCCACUCGCCCAGCGCCAGCAGCAAGCGGCGCCCCAGCGAGACCAACAAGCGGCGCAACAACUGGUGCAACUCGCUCGACCUCGACAGCAUCGCCGAAUCGCCCCCCACUCUGAGAACGGGGGAGCCGCGCCGCCUCUGGGGUGGAGCGCCCCCCGUGCCGCCCAGGACGACCUCAUGGCCCCCGUCGCCCGGCGACAACUCCAGCUCCUCGUCGGAUGACCUGGCGACGACGUCUGGCGGCGCCGAGCCAGACGGUCUGUCGGGAAAGUGUGGCCCGGUCCGAGCAAGCGCACCGGCCAUUUCCCAGAAUGCCGCGGUGCUGACGGUGAACGAGCUCGUCGGCCCGCACGGUCGGUGGUCAUGCGAUCUGAGCAAGAUCCGACAGGCCGAGCUGGAGACGAGCUUCGGCACGGAGGCCCGGGCGGCCUCGCGGCCGCCGACCAUUUCGGCCAGCGCAGAAGGGCGGCGAGCGGUGAGCGCUACGCGGGUCGUGGCCCCACGCGGGGCCACUCCGAUGGAGUUUGGCGGUGACGCGGCGUUCCGGAGGAUGGUCGCGGAGCACAAGUCGGCCAUCGUCAAUGCGCGGCGCGCCGCGGCGAACCCGACACGUGGCGCAUUCGCCGGCGCGGCCUCGCGUGAGGAGAGCGAUGACGCCGCUGGUCACACCGCCAAAGAGCGUGGCGAGAUCACGACGGCGGUGGCAUGGAACGCGCGCAGAGGUGAGGGCGAGGGCACAUCGUCAGGAGCGGCGUGGCACGGUGGCGUCGGCGGGAGUAGAAACACGUACGUGAAGAUCGUAGACUUCUCCAAGUUCUACCGAAGCGGCGACGGGAAGAAGAGCGCCGUAGCGACGGCUUCUCCCAAGGGCAACCGGGGGCAGAGCUUACCGGAACUCUUCAGCGCCUCCUGCAAGCAGCGGCUCUUGAGCCUCCAGCAGAAGAGCAAGGCCAGGAGUGAGACGAAUGCGGAUUGGCACGCGCACCCCCGGAACAGCUUACGCCACGUGGCCGGGGACGUCGCGCCGUUCCAGCGCAGGACCCCGACGAGUGGAGGCACCGUGUCGUUGCCAGGGCAACUGGAGGGCGGCGUGCGACUCACGGGUCGCGUGACCUCGCCGGGCGAUGGCGGAAGGGCCGGGCAGGCCACGGCACGGCCGCGGGCGACGGAGUCCCGUUCCAACUUCGGCGUCAUUCGGAGGAUCCUGGGCAGCGCGCCGGACAGCGCGGCCUGGGCGUGCGGGGCGGAGGGAGAACCGGGCAGCGAGCGGGAGCCGGCGACACCGAUCGCGGUGGGGAUACAGCCGGGCCCCGCAAACCGGGCGCCCGUCCCCGAUAGCCACGGCGAGCAGCGGUGGCAGCGAUGGCAGCUGGCGGCGCCCGGCACAGCUCAGCCCCUGGCAAGGACCCACCCACACCUCACUGUGAUAUGAAUCACACAAGUCCUGUAGCACCACGAAAAAAUGUCAAAAGAGAUUUUCCUGCUGCUCAAAUCAGCAUUCGGGCAUCGGUUCUCAUUUUCCAU